AUUUCCGCCAAAACAAACAUGGAAUAAAAGCCUGAAAUUCGAUGUUCCAGCCGAGCAAUGUAAUUAUAUUUACUAGAUACUCCAUACUGUGGAGUAAAAACACAUGAAAAAAUUAACAAUUAUUGAAUCAACUGGUAUAUUCUGCGUUUAAAGUUAACCCUUUAACUUGAAUUUACUCGAAGUGGGGUGAAGAAUGACCACGGCUGAAUCCAGUGAUUCAAUGACUGACACUCUCUCGGCCAUCAACAUAGAACAGCUGACCAGUUCAGCGAUGGGGGCGUUUGGGCACAGCGUCCCGGGACUUUUUGGACCAAACGAACAAAAUACAGUGCUACCGGCCACUGUGUCCUCCUCUGGUGUGACUUCUAGUCUAUCUUCCCAGACUAUACCACUCAUGGUGUCCCUGGGGACAGGAGAUAAACAGACCAGUACUCAGGGCACAUUGCCACCUUUAAAUACAUUGAUCAAGAAACAGAAUGGCUUUCACUCCAUCCGUCACCUCCUGUCUCCAGCCUUACCCCUGACUGUAUCCCCUUCUGUAUCCACAAGCUCCAUACAAACCCAGGAUUCCACAGUGGAAGUAAACAAUGUCAAAUCUGGUCCGGAGUCUUUGUCUGGAGACAAGUCAGUGUUGUCCGGAGUCUUCCCUCCGGAUGUGUCCACCCCAAGCUGUCAUCAGACAAGUGCCCUGUUGUCCCAGCUAGCCUCCCUGGUCCAGGGUAAUGCACAGGCAAGUCAGCUGGAGGUUCCAGGUAUAGAAAAUCCAGAUCAUCUGGAAGGGAUAGACAGUAAUUUCCUACAGAAUUCUACAGCUAGUACUGACAUCCAGAUAGCCAAUCUCCAGAGUGUCAUUAACCUGAUCCUGACCAAUCCGUCUUUACAGAACAGUGCCACCUGCCAGACUCUUUUAAACAUUUUGAACCAGUCGUCAGGUGACUCUGCAUCAAACACAGACUUUGGGUCUGCCUCCCAGGGGGUUGACAUCUCUCAGCUACUGAAUGGGGAUUCCUCAGUUCAAACUGGUCAGUCUGGCAGUAUGUUGCCAGCUAACAGUGUCCUCCCCCCUGUCCCUUCCCCCUCUCAGUCUGUGGGGUCCACAGUUGCCAUCUCCUCAAUAGUCCCCAGUGUUCCAGUCAGCAUUCCCUCCUCUCUACCAGGAAUCUCAUCUGUUUCCAUCCAAUCCACAUCCAAUCCAGCCUCAGUCAUCUCAGACUCGUCUCAAUCUCAGCCCAUCGACGCAUCUCAGGUGACCUACAUUCGACAGCUGAUCAAUAGCCAGGUGUCCUAUGCUGACACAGGCACCCUGGGUCAAACAGCCAAUCAGAUGAUCUCAGUUAAACAGGACCCGUCCCUGAGCUCCGCCCAGCCUCUUUUGAUCAGUGGGGAUCACCUGGAGCCGUUCUAUACGGUGACCACUUCAUCGGACACCAUGGCGGUAGAGAAUCUCUUGCAGCCCGCCUCCAACACUCAAGUAGCAGUGGCCACGAUGAACUACCAAGACUACGCUGCCCUACAGAACAGCCUGAACAGCUAUCUCCAGUCGUCGGCCGAUAACGAGGAGGUCACGCUGCCCUCCAACCUGACCAUGGAGAACAUCAAUGCUGCCAUACAGUCAGAGGAUCCAAAGGGGAAGAAGUCUGCACUACAUGGCCCUCCUGCUAAUUUUACAGUGGAUUACUGUGUUAUCUGUGACGGUUCCAAGUGCUCCUGUCUGAGUCCAGUUGAGUACACUCGGGUGGAGGACCGGAUCAUUCCAUCCCGCGCUCGGCUCUCCAUGCCCAGCUGUCUGGAGAUCCGGCUGUCAAGGUCAUCGCUCUCCUCCCAAGUGCCUGAGGGUGUUUAUGCAGUGAAACAUCUACAGACCCACACAAAAUUUGGGCCGCUGAUGGGAGAGAUGGUGAAAACAACAGAGUCGGAGGGACUGUUUCCUGAGUGGAGGGUAAUGGAAGGAGAAGGCAGUUACUACAUCUCGACCAUUAAUGAGGAGCUGAGUAACUGGCUGAGGUUUAUCCGCCCGGCCCAGAACAUCGUUGAACAGAAUCUGGUAGUUCAUCAGGUGGGACAGUCCCUGUACUUCUUUGCUAAGAGAGACAUCAAACAAGGGGAAGAACUCUUGUACUGGUUCUCCAAGGAAUAUGCUGUUAUAUGUGGAUAUUCUGUGAUACCCAAGCCAAGCAGCGUCAACGAGUGCCCGGUGUGUGCCACCAUGUUCCGCAAGCGACAAGCUCUGCGACAGCACCUAGCCGACAACCACCGCGACUCUCUGUGUAAUGUCACGGAGGACAGUGAUCCGCUGGAUCCGAAAUCCAAAUCCAAGAAGAAAGGGGAUUCUCUGGAGCUGGUCACUUGUCCAUUCUGUAAGAAAGUCCUGGCCAGCAAUAGUAACCUCAAAAAACACCUGGCUGUUCACAAAGGUGAGAGGAAUUUCAAAUGUGAAAUGUGUCUUAAAUCGUUUAGACAGAAAGCUCAUUUAGAAUCUCACAUGGGAAUUCACAAAGUGGAAAAGAUCAGGUGCUCGCAUGUAAACUGUGAUCGGACGUUUAACCGUGACACGGAUCGUAAACUCCACGAAAAAACACACACAAAGACGGGACUAUUUCAGUGCGAGUCGUGUAAAAAGACUUUCACCAAAAAACAGAACUACAAGCGGCACAUUCUGAUCCAUACGGGGCAGAAGAACUUCCGCUGCGACCUAUGUAACAAGGACUACUACACAAAGUACCACCUACAGCGACACAAGGCCAAAUGUCGGGGGGCCGACAAAUACCCCUCCUACCUACAGAUGGAGGAGGGCGUGUACGAGGGGCCGGAAACCCUGGGGGUAGAGAACAAGGGUGGGUUAUAGCACUGUCACAAUGGUACAUGUACAUAUAGCAAACCCUGGGGGUAGAGAACAGAGGUGGGUUAUAGCACUGUUACAGUGGUACAUGUUCAUAUAGCAAACCCUGGGGGUAGAGAACAAAGGUGGGUUAUAGCACUGUCACAAUGGUACAUGUACAUAUAGCAAACCCUGGGGGUAGAGAACAAAGGUGGGUUAUAGCACUGUCACAAUGGUACAUGUACAUAUAGCAAACCCUGGGGGUAGAGAACAGAGGUGGGUUAUAGCACUGUUACAGUGGUACAUGUUCAUAUAGCAAACCCUGGGGGUAGAGAACAAAGCUGUUAUAUAGCACUACCAAUAUGGUUCAUGUACAAAAUUCUUGGUAGAAACGGAACUGCUAUUUGAAAUUGCUUUCAGAGAGCUACAUGUAGUUACCCGUGGGGAUAGAGACAUACUGUAGUUGGUUGAUAAUUGUUUCAUGAUGAGACAUGUACCUUUGAUUUAAGGGUUUAAAAAUAUGUACACGUCAAUAUUUUAUGAACUAGUAUUAUGGUUUGAACUGCUUGUAUUUUAUCCUUUGUACAAUCAUAAAGAACAAAUUUUGUAUGAGAAAUGAAAUCCAGCAAAGAAAUACUUUGCGAUUAAAAGCAAAUAAAAAAAAUUAUAGUAUUAAUCAUGACAGUAUAUGAGUGUCAGCGAAUUUAGUACCAUAAAUUAUUGUACUGCAUGUCAGCAGUAAGAGCAGACUGUUAUCAAAUGCAACUUAAUGCAAGAUGUUUUACUGUGAAGCAAAGAAUAUUUAAUAUGAGAGAUUCAGUACACAUGUAAUUGAUACUCUCUAAUCUCAUACCACAGUAUUUGGUAUUGUAUUGAUUAUGCAUUUAAUACGACAGCUUGCUCCUAUGAAGUAUUAUUUCAUCAACUCAUCUGUUACUUGGAGUUAGAUCAUCAUAUUUAUUAUACCUAGGGUUGGGAAUACCUAGAUAAAUCCUAGUUUGUUAAAUUUUUGCUAUCAGAAAGUGCUAUUGUUUUUUGGUAAAUUUGAUAUUUUUUAUAUUUUCUUCAAUUUAAGAUCUUUAACCUUGUCCAGGGAUAAUUAUCAAGUCUAGAAACACUACAGCAAUUCAUACUGUUGUAAACUGUGCAUGACUGAAUGAAAUCAAAAGCUUUUAUUGCAAUAUUUAGAGUUAUGUUUGAUGUUAUACACUGGUUGAGUUUGAUAAUAAACUUUUUCAGUAUUGCC